AACUAGCAGUCGAGCACUCUGAGAAGCGAGCCAGCGACGAGUCCCAGCGACGCAGCUCUUCGGUCUCCGAUAAUCACUCCCAUCGUCGCACCACUCGCAGAGUCGCAGCCCGCAGGCCCAUCGUCGAACCUCCGGCAGUACGACAUUCUAGCAGUGAGGCAGUGAACCACCAGCCACCACCAGGGCAAGAGAGACUCGGUGACAGAAUUGCAGCUCUGCAGCAGCUUGUUUCACCCUUUGGAAAGGUUAAUUUCUGUACAUUCUAUCCACUUUUCUUACAGUGAUAGAAGUUUAUUUAAAAGAAAAAGAGGUAAAAAUGUGAGGUAACCUAUUGAAUUUGGUCAGCCUAGUAACUUGCUAACUAUAAAUGUGAGGUCAACCUUGAACGUUGUAUUUGAAUAUUUUUGAAUUCAUUUUAACUUUGCUCCUACUCAAAGGAAAUUCUGGCAGAUGUUUAGCUCUGCACAGAUGUUUAGCUCACCACGGCGGUCCAUUCAUUUUCCCUCCAUUCGCUUUUAUUCUUGCUCUUCUGCUAUUCUCCCAACUGUUAAAAGAGAAACCGUGCCAAAUAGUUCAAAAUUUCAUGCCUCCUCUGGAUUUCAAGGUAUUACUAAAGUUGGGAAAAGUAGGAAGAGGGAUCUUAAACGGUAUUCUGAAAUGUUCCGAGAUUAUACGCAAACGAAAAAUUUGAAAGAAGGAAAAGUGCUUCAUGGGGAGCUAGUUAGAAAUUUAAUUAACCCGGAUAUGCAUUUGUAUGUUUCCUUGAUUAAUUUUUAUGCAAAAUCUGGGGAUCUAAGUUCUGCAUGCAAAGUGUUUGAUCAAAUGCCUGAGAGGGAUGUUGUAUCAUGGACAUCACUAAUAUCAGGAUUUCUACCUGAAGGGAAUGGUGGUGAGAGUGUUAGAUUGUUUUGUGAGAUGAAGAGAGAAGGUGUGAAGCCUAAUGGAUUUACAUUGGCGACAGUUUUGAAGGGUUGUUCUUUGUGCUUGAAUUUAGAGUUUGGGAAGCAGUUGCAUGCUGAGGUAGUAAAAUCUGACACCUUUUCUGAUGUUUAUAUUGGUUCUGCGCUUAUUGAUCUCUAUGCUAAAUGCCAUCAGAUGGAGGAGGCAAAAACAGUAUUUCUUCAUAUGUCUGAGCAGAAUUUAGUAUCUUGGAAUGCCUUGCUUAAUGGGUAUGCACAAGAAGGUGAAUGGCAAGAGGUCUUAAGAUUAUUUUGUAGUUUGUCUGAGUCAGAAUUUAGAUUUAGCAAUUAUACAUUAAGUACUGUUUUAAAGAGUUGUGCUAAUGUGGGUAACUUGAGAGUUGGCCAAGUUCUUCAUUCGGUGGCAAUCAAGAUUGGAAGUGAACUUGAUAAUUAUAUAAGCUCUAGUCUAGUAGAUAUGUAUUCCAAGGUUAGAUUGCCUGAGGAUUCUAUGAAGGUAUUUAAGAGAAUAAGAAGUCCUGAUGUUGUUGCAUGGAGUACGAUGAUUAAUGGCCUUGAUCAACAGGGACAUAAAAAAGAAGCAUUUCAGCUGUUUCAAUUGAUGAGGCAUUCAGAUGUGAGGCCUAAUCAAUUCACUCUUGCAUGUGUUAUUAGUGCUGCAGCUGAUUUAGGUGAUUUACUUUUUUGCAAAAGCAUACAUGCUUGUGUUUACAAGUUUGGGUUUGACUCUGAGGAUGUGGUUAACAACACGCUUAUCUCAAUGUACAUGAAUUUUGGAUCAUUUAAUGAUGGUUACAAGGUUUUUGUUUCUAUAGAUUCAAGGGAUGUGAUUUCUUGGAAUAGACUUUUAUCUGGAUUCCAUGACAAUGAAACAUCUCAUGAAGGGCCUGAAAUCUUCAGACAGAUGCUUAUUGAAGGUUUCAAGCCAAAUAUGUACACAUUUAUCAGCAUUCUAAGGGCUUGUUCCAGUUUGUCAAAUGUUAGUCUUGGGAAGCAAAUACAUGCUCAUGUAGUAAAAGAAAACUUGAGCUGUGAUUGUUAUGUUGGGACUUCUCUUAUUGACAUGUAUUCUAAAUGUGGGUGCCUAAAUGAUGUGGAAGUUAUUUUCAAUAGGUUGACUCAAAAAGAUGUGUUUACAUGGACAGUGAUGACUGCAGGCUAUGCACAGAGUGAUCAGGGAGAAAAAGCCUUUGAAUGUUUAAGUAAGAUGUUAAUGGAAGGUGUCAAGCCAAAUGAAUUCACUCUUGCAAGUUGUGUGAAUGGCACUUCACGUAUAGCAAGCCUUAGUAAUGGAAGACAGUUGCAUUGCUUAGCAGUUAAAUCUGGGCAAUUUAGUGAUUUGUUUGUGGCCAGUGCAUUAGCUGAUAUGUAUGGUAAAUGUGGAUGCGUUGCUGAUGCUGAAAUUCUGUUUGAGGGCAUGGAUUCUUGUGAUACUGUUUUAUGGAACACAAUGAUAUGUUCAUACUCGCAACACGUACAGGGCAAAAAGGCUCUACAAGCUUUCAGAAGGAUGUUGAAUGAAGGUAUUUUGCCAGAUGCGAUUACUUUUAUUGGUGUUCUUUCUGCAUGUAGCCACAUGGGCUUAGUUGAUGAAGGGAGAAGAUAUUUUGAGUCAAUAAACAACACUUAUGGAAUCAUUCCUUCCAUUGAGCACUAUGCUUGUAUGGUUGAUGUCCUUGGUCGAGCAGGCAAAUUUGAUGAGGUGAAAAACUUCAUUGAACAUAUGGAGCUUACUCCAAAUGCAUUAAUCUGGGAAACUGUUCUUGGUGCUUGUACGAUUCAUGGAAACAUUGAAUUGGCAGAGAAAGCCGCAAAAUUUCUAUUUGAAUUUGAACCUAAAGUGGAGUCAAGUUACAUACUGCUGUCCAAUAUAUAUGCUGCCAAAGGGAUGUGGAAUGAUGUUGCAAAGUUGAGAGCAUUUAUGUCUGACCAGGGCAUUAAAAAGGAACCUGGUUGUAGCUGGGUUGAGGUCAAUGCUCAAAUCCAUGUCUUUUUGUCUCAGGAUGCUUCACAUCCAAGAUUAACUGAUAUCCACAAAAAAUUGGAUGAGCUGUAUUUACAACUUAAUUCAGCAGGCUAUAUUCCAAACAAGGAUUAUUCACUUCAUAAUGUAACAGACCAUGAAAAAAGAGCAAACCUCCUACAUCAUAGUGAAAGGCUGGCUCUAGCUUUUGCACUCUUAAAUGACAAUACUAACAAUACUAUAAGAAUCUUCAAAAAUCUACGCAUUUGUGGAGAUUGCCAUGAAUUUAUGAAGCUGUUGUCAGGCAUAACACAUCGAGAAAUAGUCAUUCGUGAUGUUACUCACUUCCACCAUUUUUGUGAUGGCACAUGCUCUUGUAAUGAUUAUUGGUGACUU